AUGUACCAGUACGCCAUGUACAUGUAUCGUUAUGGGGAUAUUACCGAGGAGAUAAAUGACACAUAUAUCGGAUUAAAAAACACGAUCGUGGUUCAAAAGGAUUUUCAAUGGCUUGAAAUUACUCAUUCAUCUGCUUUCGCUGUCAAAUUCGUCAGUAGUUGUGUUGAUUCCUUGUCGAAUGCACUAAGAGCUCUCCGAUUUUACCGAAUUGAUUUCGGUGCAUUCAAAACUGACAGUGUUUUCCUGGGGUUAAAAGCUUGUAAUAAUCUUGCCGCCUUGGAUUUCUUCGAAUGCGUGAAAUUAGAACAAGAAACGUGGAUCAAUACAGCGAAGUAUUUCAAAAAACUAGAGUUUUUGGCUAUUGAAAUCCGAGCAGCUGAUUCGAUGCCACUCGAGUUCAUAAAUAAAAUAAUCAGAACGAGCGAUCAGAAUCUUCAGCAUCUUUUGAUUUCUCAAGAUGCACGUCUUUCCGAAUAUGAAAAAAAUUAUAUAACUCAGACGCUGGUAACAACGAUCUUGAGACACAGUCGAAACCUUCGUUCUAUCAAUUUCCCAGAUUUUAGUCUGGAGAAUGCGAUCACUCUUUUGAAAAAUUGUCCAAAACUCGAGCACCUUGAUGUUUAUACGGCAGAUUUCGAUCAAGCUUUUAGAACAAUGGCCGAGAAGCUUCCACCCACAUUCGUAUCGAUUGGAUUCCACGAUUUAUCGUAUCUUUUUGAAAAUUUGGAAGAUUACGAAGAUGUUAUAAUUGAUUUUCUGGAGGCAACUCAUCAUCAUUUAGCAUAUUGCUCGAUUUAUCCUCACAACCUCGAUGAUUUCUCGCUUGAUGACAAGAUUUUUAAAUAUGGUGUCAGCAUGAAGAAGGAACCCAUGUACGAAAGUCUGACAUAA